CUUUAUGUGGAAGUUGUUUAUAGUCUUUGGCUGCCUGCUGCCUGCCCAUCAGGUGUCGGCGGCAUUUUUGCAAGAAUGUCAGGGAGUCAUUAUUAAUAAGGUGACAAAUCCAAACCAGGCGUGCAGCGAGUUCGUUCACUGUAACGGAGAUGAUUCCUACUAUUGCAAUGGCGAUUGCUGGGAGCCUAUUGAUUGUUAUGGUGCAAUGGAAGAAACCAGUGCAGAAAACAAAAUUCCCUCUUCAUCGGCACCCGUCGCACCGCAAGACCCCAUGCUAGCAGAAAGAUCUACCCCAACGAUUUUUACUCCUAGCCCAUCAUAUCCCCCUUCUUCAUCAGCUACAAUAGCAGCAGGAACAACCAUUUCUAGCUCCAGUGUCCACGUAAUCUGCAAGACGAGCGGAAGAAACGGUGUCUAUCCCUAUCCGGCCAAUAGUAAUUACUACUAUCAAUGUAUAUCGGGUUAUCUUCUUCUGCAGCAGUGCCCGCAGAAUUUUCAUUUCGAGGCCGUACAAGAACGGUGUACUGCGACGAAACCUUAUCUUAUGAUACGGCUAUUCGUGUAAGAUUCCUCAGAGAGUCGUAAAUAAAGAAGAUACCAGCCCUGUUCUCAAGCAAA